CCCGCGCUCGCUUCCGCCGCCGGGCCGCGGGGCGGGGGCCCGGCAACGCCCGGCGCCAUGGCGGGGGUGGCGGUGGACAGAGGCUUCGCCCGCUCCCCGCGGGGCGCCCUGAAGCUCGCCCGCACGCUGGCGGCGUUCGCAGCGUUCCUGUGCUUCGCGGCCUCCCGCGCCCACGGCGCGUACACGGCGCUGGCCGGCGCGGAGCUGGUGGUGACGGCGGUGUUCGGCCUGCUCUACCUGCUGAGGCUGGACGCGAGGAUGAGCUGGCUCUUCUGGCCCUUGGCUGAUAUUUUCAACUCGAUCAUUGCAGCACUGUUCCUCCUCGUUGUGUGCCUCUUUGCAAUAAUAAUCAGGACCAACAACGGGACACUGGCUGGAGGAGUGUUUGGUCUUGUAUUGCUUGUUCUCUGCAUUGUCGAUGCCGUUGUUCUCUUCCGGAAGAUAAGCCUUGAUAGACCAAGACAAAGGAAUACUCCUGCAAAAUAAGAUGAAUGUUUUAGUAAAAGAAUGAUUUCUCUAUUGGUGACUGUUUUACUGUUCUCUUUAAAACAAUUUGUAUUUUCACAUGGUCACCUUUGGAUUUCCAGUGCGUUUAUGUACAUUUUUGCAAGUAUUGUUCUUAAGUUUUCUUACAUUUACAAAUGCAGUUUUAGCGUUGCUGUUUCAGCAGUGUUAGCUUCACAAAAAAUUGCCAUUUUUCUAAACUUACAUUUUCACCUGUAUGAAAAUCAAUUUCAUAGUUGCCUUUUUUCUGUAAUAAAAAGAAAAUACA